AUGGAUCUGACCUUGGGAAUGGAGGCCCAGGCUCUUCUAGAAGACAUGCUGGAAAUCACGUCCCAGAAUCUGGUACACAUGGAAGUGACUGAGCACUACCAGAUCAUCAAGGAGCUGGGCAAGGGGAAAUAUGGACAGGUGGUACUUGUGACACACAGGAAAAGGGGGACCCCCAUGGCUCUCAAGCUUCUGCCGAAGGCCAGCACCAAGCUGCAGAACUUCCUGUAUGAAUACUGCGUGGCCCUCUCACUCUCUGCCCACCCUGCCAUCAUUGGCAUGUUCGGGAUUGCCAUAGAGUCCAGCCAGCACUAUGGCUUUCUGUAUGAGGCAGCUCUGCACAGAGAUCUCAUCUCCAUUAUCAAGCCAAAGGCUGGCAUCCCAGAGCCUGCAGCCAAACUCUGUGCCAAACAGCUGGUAAGCGCCCUGGAAUUCAUCCAUAGCCGGGGCCUUGUGUACCGAGAUGUCAAGCCUGAGAACAUCCUGCUUUUCGACCGCCAUUGCCGCUGCAUCAAACUGACAGAUUUUGGCCUGACGCGCCCCCAGGGCACCCUGCUGCGUCUCGUGGCUGGGGUCAUCCCCUACACUGCACCCGAGCUGAGCCGUGGCACUGGCGACACCCCAGGGUUGCCCAUUGAUGCCAGCCUGGAUGCUUGGGCUUUGGGGGUGCUGAUCUUCUGCUUGCUCACCGGUUACUUCCCCUGGGAGAAGACACUUCCCGAAGAUUCCUUCUUUGAGGACUUUGUGAUAUGGCAGGAAACUGGUCUGGAUGAAGAUGUGCCCUUUCACUGGCGACCGCUCUCAAGCGAUGCCAUCUCUAUGCUACGAAAACUCCUGGCCUUGGAACCAGCCAAACGUGGCCCUCUCCGCUGUGUACUCAGCUACCUUGACCGGCCGUGGCGAGCAGAGGGGGCGGCCAAAGGUCACUAGCAACAGAGUAAUUGUACCCAAAGGAAUUUC